AUGUUAACAUUAAAUGUAAAUAUUAUUAUUCGAGACGAAAAUGGAAUAUGUGAAAAUUCAUCUAAAACUUUCCAAAUAUCUCCAGAAGAAGAGAUUAAUUCUUUGGUAAAGCAGAUAUCUACUGAAGAAGGCAAAAAUGUAAAGUUACUUUUUGCUGGAAAGUUAUUAAAUAAACAUAAACGUCUUAUUGAUUAUCAUUUGGCAUCAUCAACCAAAAUUACUGCAAUAGUAACUAAUGAUGUUGAAGAUUUUGAAAUAAUUUCUAAGGAAUCUUGUAAUAUAGAAAAAUCUUCACAAUCAUUAGUAAAGUUAUUUUUUGCUUAUUGUAAAAAAUGUGAUAUUGUAAGAAUGGUUUCUGAUCCAAGUAAUUGGAAUGAUCUUAAAAAACGUUUUGAAUUAUAUUGCUUUACUUGUAAUGAUCAAAAAGAAGCUAAUUUUUAUUUUAAAUGUCAAUAUUGUACUAAUGAAGCAGUUGGAUUGAAAGAUUAUAUUUUAAAUACAAAAGAUAAAUUAUGUGUUAUAUGUGAAAAUAACACUAAUGAAGUUAUUUCUCUUUCUUGUAAUGAUGUUAUUUGUAAUUUUUGUUUUUGGGCUUAUAUAGAAGAUAUUUCAGAAAGAUUUGGAUUUGUAUAUAGAAAAGAAUAUGGUUUUACAAUAGCAUGCCCUAUACAAGGGUGUAAUGGUUGUAUUGAAGAUGUACAUAUGUUUUAUAUGCUUGGAAAUGAUGUAUAUAAAAAAUAUCAAAAAAUUGCAACAGAACGUUUUAUUGCAAUGCAAGAAAAUACUGUUUUUUGUCCUUAUCCUGAUUGUGGAGAUGCAUUUACUGCAGAAGAAAAAGAAUUUAUUAUUCAAGAAGGUGAAGAAUAUGGUGUACCAGCUACCAUAAAAUGUCCUUCAUGUAAUAGAACAUUUUGCAUGUCUUGUUCAGAAAUUAUAGGAUGUGUCUGUUUUGACAAUAAAUACCAAGAUAAAAAAUCAAGAGACGUAAUAGAAAAGAUAUGUAAAAAAUGUCCUCAUUGCGGAGCAAAAACAGAAAAAAAUGAAGGUUGCAAUGCAUUAAAAUGUUUAAUUUGUUCAACUAAAUGGUGUUGGAUAUGUGAAACAUUUUUUACAGAAGAAUGUAGAGAAAAUCAUUGGUUUAUAUAA